AUUGGGUGUGGUUAUGUGAGUAUUACGACUAUUUUUAAGCAUUGUGUAACUAAUAUUUGCUGCAUGUUGUGUAAAAUGGAUCUGGGAAAAAAAACUGCGAAUGUCGUGAAUAUUAAAACCAUAAGGUUUUACGCUGAAGUCACCGGAAGCAGCGAACAGACACACUGUGCCUGCAUGUUCGGUAUAGGAUUGCUAACUUGACAAAAGCGGAAGUGGAUUUUUGCGUCGUUUCCGGGAAACGAAAAGUCCAAAGUGACUCACUCACUCCACUCAGUUCAUAAAUACGAAUACAUUGGAAAUUCUUGGUUGCAGGGAACGUUGCAUAUUGAAUUUGAAACGACGCCUCCAAAAUUACUCGCUCCAAGGAGAAAUACAAGAAGUCCAAAUCAAAAGGAGACGUUUUUGUUUCGACGAGCCAACCUCGGCAGGACCGACUCGUUUGCACUCGGCGUGAGUCUUCAUAUUGGACUUUUAAGAUUUGAGUUGCUGUUAGCUUUUAGCCCUUUUUAGCUUGUUAGCUGAAUCGAUUUGACGGCGAUGGAAGACAAACGAACUACGAACUGGCCGCAGCCGGACGGAACCCAGCGGAAACCGAAUCCGUUCAACUUGAUGAUCAAACACAGACAUGUUCACAGGAGAGGACGACGCUCACACGUGACCGUCAGUUACACAGACCCCCAGGUGUCCAUGGAUCUCCUGAGGGCGGUUCUCCAGCCCAGCUUCAACAAUGACAUCAUGGCCGUCUUCAGGAAAUACCACAAGUUCUUCGAGAAGGCGGCGCAGAACGUGAAGGAGAACGUCGGAGAGGACGUGCACACGGAUCAGCUCAUCACGGAAGCGUGCAGGAAUGUUCUGGAACAUGCCAAGGUGUUGUUUCCUGAAAGUGACGUGAAGAAGUCGACGUCUGAGGCCAACGUCAAGCGUUCCCGAGGUUCCGAAGACGGCUGCAGCCAGAGAGGAAGUCCAGUCCCCAAAAAGAGGAAAAACCGCGUGAGCGGCGCAAUGGCGUCUGAGCGAUCUUGCAACUUCGCCACUCACGUGAAGGCGAAGUGCGACGCCGUCAAGCGAGACGGACCCAAGUGGGAGCCUUCCAGACUGAGUGAAAGCAGCACGUUUGUUUUGGGCUCCAGAGCCAACAAGGCGCUAGGGAUGGGCGGGACCAGAGGACGGAUCUACAUCAAACACGCCGACCUCUUUAAGGUAAACAAGCACGCACACGCGUGCCGCAUCGCAGUUUUCACGCUGACGUCUGCCGCGCACUCGUCAGUACGCGGCGGACACCAAGGACAAGCAGUGGCUGGCCGAGCGGCACCACAUGAGGGCGACGGGCGGCAAGAUGGUGAGGCCGAGUGGUUACCGUGGCGACAGCCGCCGCCGCAAACAUUGACGCUUGCGCGUGUGAUCGGUCGCUCAGGCUUACCUGCUGAUCGAGGAGGACGUCCAGGAUCUGGCGCGCGGUGACGAGUACAGGUGAGUGCCGCCGCCACGCCGGCGUGGCCACGCCUCACGCUGCGCGUGCACGCAGGGACUGCCCGGACGUGAAGCUGGACGAGAUGAAGCCGUUCUCGGUGCCCGCGUGGAUGGUGGAGAAGAUGCAGAGGCUGAUGGCGGCUCAGAGGGGCACGGAACCCUGAAGCCGCGCUCGUGGCGACCGCUUCGCCUUUCCGUGUUUCGGGAAGGAAAAAUAUGACCGAAAUAAAAAGUUGCGCUGCGUCUCUGUGUGGCGCGCCGCUCGGACUUUCAAA